ACAGAGUAGAUAUUUGUGAAUUUGGUGAAUUAUUACUGAAACAGAAAAACAUGGAUUUCUACAAACCUGUGAAACAGUUAGGAAGAGGAACCUUUGGGACUGUCCAACUAUGCGAGAAAAUCCACAACAAGCAACAAAUCGUUAUGAAACAAAUCGUGACCGAGUUGGAAGGAAAACAGCUGCAGGCAGCUAAGAACGAAGUUGCAAUUUUGAAAUCUUUGAAUCACCCAAACAUCAUCAGAUUUCACGACAGCUACUUCCGAAAAGGGGUGCUUUACAUCUUGAUGGAACACGCCACCAAAGGGACACUGCAAGAAUUGAUUGAAAAAGAAAGACCACAGCAUUUCUCUCCACAGUAUGUAAUGGACCUGUUUUGUCAAAUUCUUAUGGGCCUGGACCAUAUCCAUCGAAAAAAGGUAAUACACCGUGAUCUGAAGAGCGAAAAUAUUUUUCUUACUGGAUUGAAGGGGGACGUCAUCAAAAUUGGAGAUUUUGGAAUAUCGAAAAUUCUUCUAAAUGAGAACAUGGCGAAGACCGUAAUAGGAACAUGUAACUAUUUAGCACCAGAACUAUGUGAUGGGAAAUCCUACAACAGUAAAUCAGACAUUUGGUCUCUAGGUUGCAUAUUAUAUGAACUAUGCGAAAUGGAAAAAAUGUUCAGUGGAACGAUGUCUAAUGUUGUACUAUCGAUCGCCAGUGGAAAGAAAAAACCAGUCAAUACAGUCAUCUAUGGUAAGCAAAUGCAGGAAAUUAUUGAUAUGAUGAUGCAUUCUGAUCCAGAAAAAAGACCUGAUACAACAGCCCUAAUGACACAUCCUGACAUUUGCCCUACUCUUUAUUAUUUGGGAAGUUGUUUGGGUUGCAUAGAAUGAUUGUUUUCCAAAAAAGUAAAAAGGUUGUGAUCAGUAAUUGAUAUUAUUUAAAUGAUUUAUUUAUUACCAUGAGUUAAGUGUGAUAUAUUGCAUUAUUUUAUUGCUCAAUUUCAACUAUUUAAUGUGUUUUUAUGAAUUUACCUAAUCAUUGACCCAAACCUGAAAUGUACUUUAUAUUUUGAAUACCUAUACUUUAUGAAUAAAUAUAUUUGUUCAACUC